AUGGCACCUGGGUCGGAUAUCCACUACUUUCCAGCUCUGGAGGAAUGUCUCUUUGGCUACUCUGUGCUCCUUUCCUGGCAACAUGUCGCAACAGCGCUCCUCGAUUCUACAUUUCAACGGCAGAAGAGCCCGGCUGUGGUCGCGUUCCUGAAGGAUAGCUACGUGCAAGGGCUCUUAAAGGAUCCGGGCAAUGUCUUCGACAAGCCUUCUACCGCGACUCAGAAAUCGUUCGAAACGAAAACUGCACCGAUCAACGUCACUACAGCCUCGAACGAACGCAUAGAUGUCAAGACGGUCAAGGAAGACGCAGAAUGGCUCAGCAAAAACGCAGGUUUGAACCUGGUGGAUUCUCUCCGUAUCGUCGUGGUGGAGUUUCAAGCGCGCAGUGCGCAGCAUCUCAAGACGCCUUUGUCCGCCCAAGAUGCUGCGAACCUCCAGGACGCGGCUGGGCUGGUCAAUGGCCAGGGGGGCACUUUCUUGGCGGAAAUUGGCAUCACCACGGCCGCCGACGCGGAUGAAAUAUGGCAUGACUUCGAACUACCCGACUCAAAGCGAAGACGCCUGUUCGAAACAUACCUCUCUGAGCGUCGAUACUUCACCGCCGUUGCUGAUUACAUGCAUUCCAUAACGCUGUAUCGAAGGCUUCCGAUACUCCUUCCGGUGGUAGACGACUCCGCGACACUCUAUGAAGCGCCCGAAUGCACCAAGAGCGACAUGGGAGAACGUUUGUCUGCGUACACACAGUCUCUGGGUUCUCGUCUCGACUUGCUCUGCUCAGGCUUGCGUGGAAUCACUGAUACGAAGCAGCUCAUGGCAGAGCAGACGGAAAUCCGGUUUCUUGAGACACUAUUGACAGAAGUUGUCCAUACGGUGUCGGUUGUGAUGCAGCUCGCAGAUGCCCUGGGCCCUGACUGCCCUCCCCCAAACAUUAUCAGCUCUUGGUUCUCGAUUAUGAAGACUUACGAAUUUCUCUCUGGCUUGGCUCCUUAUGGCUACUUUACCGAGCUCAGUGACUUGGCAAAGGUCUCAGCUAUCGCAGCCUCGGUAGCACUUCUCAAGCCCGUCCGAAGUAUGGACUAUGUGCAGGAAGAGUUGCUGGCUCCGUCUGGCGAGAGCGUUAACAAAUCAUUCGUCUUUGUUCCCGAAGUCUUGAUGGAGGUGCAUAGCACCAUUAUUGGUGCUUUUGAAGCGGAUGUUUCCUCUGUGUCACCCCUGGCCUACGUGUGGCACUCCUUCUUGAGUAUCAUGAAGAACUCCCGCGAACUACGGAUUGGACAACGAUACGACAAGUCACAUCCUGCUCGUAUCGAAGGCAGGCCGAUGACUAGACCAGGCGCAGCAGCGCGACGUAACUCAGCCAACAGCAUUCUCUCCAUAGAGUCUUCGAGAUUUGACUCCUUCGAAGGGGAUGUCGACGUGGCGGUUAUUGACGAUCUAGAAGCAAAGCUGGUGGGAGAGUCUUUGAUUUUUGACCUCAUCACAGCCAUGAGCAAUCUGGCUUCGUCGAUUGGAUCGGGGCCCAUGACAGACUUGGCCAGCUCUCGCAUCAGGGCUCAACUCGCUGAGGUACUGCAGGUGACCGAAGGGCUGCGUCCUCCAUACCUGCCUGCGAGCGUCAGCGCAAUGCUCGAUCUACUGUGCACCGACCGCGGUUACUGGGACAUUGACUCACGAGAUCAUCUCCCACUCAACGCCGACUUCACCGCUUCCAUGCUUCGAAGUGAAUGGUUUCAGGAGGCGUAUCUGAAGCCUGCCCUCAGACGCUUCCCUACCGAAUUCGUCCCCUUCGUCCAUUUCUGCCGAGUACUUUGCACCUCUCUCAAUGGACGAGAUGAGGACGCUGACAUUAUACUUGACCUUCUCCGAGAAACCCCAACUUUCACCUUCGCUUUCGAUGAGGAGCUCUUGAGGCGAGGCUUGCUCCAGCCCAUCGGACACGCGGGUAACGGAUUUCAGCUCUUGCAAGACCUUCCGUUUGCUGAUCAGACACUGUCAUGGCAAAGGCAACGGAGAGGCGCCUUCGAGUUCGUCGUACCGGCAGGCACAAAUUGCGAGCUGGUCGAUGAUCUUGACAUAUGCCCGACGGAACGCAGCUGUGUCGCCUACUUUGGCUAUUCCACACUCUCCUUCCUUGGUCAACGACUGGAAAUGGAUCUGUUGGGCCAACCCAAUUUCCUUGGUGCCAUGUCCCCCGACAUGACGGCGGCAACCAUAUCGUUACUUGCUACAGUCUUCCGCAUCUCCCAUGUUCGGACAGCAGACGCAAGCGGACCGGGCGCGCUUGUGUCUGUUGAUAACGAUAUCAUUCAAGAAGCCAGCAGGUAUCUCACUGGCGGCAAAGAUGUCGUUGCGGUGGUGAUGGACAUUAUGGAUUCCCUAUUACAAGAUGAUGCUGCUCUUGGUGAUGAUGCUGCGCUCGGCAUUCUCAACGCCUCCAUUCAUUUGCUGCAUUCGCUUUUGCCAUUGCAGCCAAGCAGAGUAUGGUCGUACAUCGCAAGGUGUGAUCUGCUAGGCUCAGAUUCGAGGAAUGGGAAGCUUGCCAAGAUUAUAGGAGAUCUGGACCUGGUAGCUGGCAAAUAUGAGCUACUCAAUUCAUGUUUGCGCUUCUUCUCAGACCUUCUCGACACAGCUGCAACGUCCGCUGUGCAGCGAGGUAUGGGCGACCAUGCUUUGGGCAGGCAAAGGCCACAAAGCAAUCCCUGGGCAGGGCUCUCUGAUAAGCUGAUAUCUGUGGUGAGCUAUUCCAUAGCGCAGAUCUCCAUUGACGUUUUCGAAAACACGUCAACCUGGAGGCUUGAGAAUGGCUCGAAACGAGUGGCCCUGCUCGGCCAGGUCACGCCGAUUCUACAGAAGCUGGUGAACUACCGCUACGGCAUGGGCAACCCCCUGAAGCCGAGCAAUCUGACGUCUGCCUUUGAUGAGGCGGGCUCGUACGUUGUCGACUGCUUCUUGCAGCCAUCGACGGGGACUCUACGUUACCGACCGAUCCUUACAUCGUGCGUUGCGGCAAGCACCUCAUCGCAUGAUACCUUUUACACCACGUCAAACCGCCAAUUGCGAGAUCAAGUGCACUCUAUACUGGGCUUUUGCACAGUCCUGCUGCGGUCGGCAACAUUGCUCGGCAGACCAUCCUACGUUUUCCAGGAUUAUCUUUUCAAAUGCUGCACCCUCAUCUCGCGUUGCUGCGCAGCAUCUACGAACUUUCUUGAGCCUAGCCUUCGGCUUCUUGAAGCUCUCAUAGUCGUCGCUGGGUCAGACACUGGGGAGCCACCGUCGUUGCUAGGAUACCUCGGACCUCCCAUCUCCAAGUCAUUCCUGCAAGUCUUGGCUACCAUUGACAAACCCUUCGAGCUCACAACGAGCGUCAAGGCUACGUGGGAUUUCUUUGUCGCCAUUCUUCGCAAUCGCCAGCAAUGGAUGUCGAAUUGCUUACUGACGGGUCGUACUCCCAGAGAAGCAAUGAAGACCGAUCCGAAACAUCGUGGGAUUGCCAAAGAUUCCAUAUUUGCUCUCGCGCUGAACAAACUGUCCCACCUCAAAGAGCUUGACCCCUUGCAAGCUGUGGUCAUUCUGGAUUUUGUCUCCUCAGCUCAGAAUUACUGGCCAUGGACUGUCUUCACUCUAAACAAAGACACAGACUUUGAUUAUCUCAAGGGCCUGCAGUCAUACGUGAGUGAGCUUCAGUCGUCCAACAUUCGAAGCAGGAACAGCGUUGCCAUGGCCGCAAUUGAAGCCCGCAUUGCCUCCUUUAUUGCAGAAAUUUUCGCUAUGCAAUUGUACCACUCGCGACACUUGGCCGUGUCCGAGGCAGGCGCAUUAGCUCAGCAGCUCAUCAACAAGUCCAUGGAUUACUAUCUACGAGACGGCGUCGAGGUGGCUGGCUACAACAGAUCGCUUCACAUCAACUUCGCCAAGAACUUCUCCAACAAGUACAGCGGCUGUUCAUUGGAAGACUUUAGACGGACCAGCUUCCAGCCCUCUGAACUUGGGGCAGCCUUCUACUACGACAUAGACCGCGCCAACAGCAUGCUCGCGUUCGAUCCUGGAUGGCUGGGGCGGAAGCACAAUGGGUUCAAGGCGGAGAUGGAGCUCGCCAAUUCGAAUCUAUCGUUGGUCGAUGCUCAAAUAGAACUGUUUCAUGCUUGGGAAUCUCUCCUAUUGGAAUUAAGCAUCUGCCUUCCAAAGAACGAUGUUCUGGCGAAACAACUGCAGCAGGUGGCAGUGCAAUGCUUGAAGGCGGACCGAGACGCUGAAGGGGCGCCCGCUGUCUUCGUACGAGUGAUGGACGCGCGCGUCAACUUGGCGCUCGUCCUCGUGCAGCGUCUGGAGAAGAUGCCACUGUCGGUGGAUGACCAUCGCGAGUUCCUCGCGGCUGUGACACUAGCUAUCAAUGCUUGUGACACGUCUUUUGCUCCGGAGACUGCCCUUUAUUAUCGGAAGCUGCUGCAGACGCUGUACGUCUCCAUGCGCGCGUACCAAGUACGGCUGGACAAUACAAGCGACAGUAAGGAGAAGUCGAACGCCAAGCACUCUAUCGAGGUGACGCAGAUGGUCCUUAAUAUACUGGACCGGGUUGUGGCUCAAGGCUUCCGCAAUCUCGUGAGCCUGCUCCAUGACGAUACACAAAGCGUCACACAGGGCGACUUUGGACUCAUCACGGCCUUGCUUCAAGCCUGUCUUGCGAUGCCUGGAAUGGAGCAGUCACAAACGCAGAUUCUGAAUAUCAUGGCGUCGCAUAACUGCUUUUAUGCGGCUUCGUCACUGUUUUCCUGGGCCGACAAGCUGACCGACCAGGGUGACCCGGUCUACGGCGAGCUCAGCAUGCUGUUCUUGCUGGAGCUUUCAGCACUGCCCGGAGUGGCUGAACAGCUGGCUUGCGAUGGCAUCCUCAACAUCUUGUUGACAGCCAACCUGACCAAGUUCAUGAUAAAAGGGAGACUGUCACCGUACGCCGAGACGCCCAUGGCUCAACGUUGCUAUGGCAUUUGGGUCAAGGGCUUGUUGCCGCUGAUGCUCAAUCUUCUCACAGCUCUUGGCGGCACUGUCGCGCCCGAGGUGGCUUAUCUUCUGAACCAGUUCCCAGAGCUGCUGGAGCUUAGCGUCACAAGGUUUGAAGCUCCGGGAGCCAGUCGCACACAACUACGAUCGUCUGCGCAGCAUCUGACACUGAUGGGCACUUCAGAGGUGCACUCGCUGGCCCUGAUCACUCGGAUUCUGAAUGCCUUGCGUAUCAAUCUAGGCCGCGAGAUUCCCAAGGUGAACUGGAACGCGCCGUCGGUACUCGAGAGUACCGAGAUGUGGCUGGCGUCGGAAAGGAUGUUCAAAGAUGGCCUGCUACCCCUAGGGCCGCGCGAGAUCGAGUGGCGAUCGAUGAAGAGGACAAGCAAGGAUGAGCGGGGUGACAAUGUUCUGGAGCAGAAGGUUUACUCGCAACUGGAAGCAGUACGCGACGUGCUGAGCGAGAGCCUGGAGACCGAGUAA